CACUGCUUCUACGGAUAGCUUAUUGCGCAUGCGCUGGGACUGCCCAUCACUGUCCUGUCCUCUUGGCGAAUCAAAAAUAUAUGCGUACAGUUCCUAACCUUUAAAGCAAGUCGUUGCCAAACGUAACCAUAUAUGCAGUUAUCUAAUUUUGGUUUCUGAAAUUUUCCACGAUAUAGUAAAUACUAGAAACUAGCAAAGGCAUUUUAUCGUUUGUAUAUUCAUUUUGGAAACAAAUUGCUGUUAUUAAGAAACAUGUCAACGUUAUUGCGAAUUAUUCGCUCUUCAGGAAUUAGGAACAGAGUGUUAUGUUUAACAUUGAAAGAUAGUAAAAUUCAUGAUAUAGCACAACGCAGUUACUCCUCGGAAGUUAAAAAGCAUGAAGCAGAUAAUGAAGAGCCAAUUAAAGUAAAACGUACAUGGACCAGUUACGGAUUCGACGACGAGGAUGAAAAGAUGGAUCGUCAUUACAUGCAUCAAACACUUUUUGUUGUUAUUAGUAUAUGUUUUGUGGGUGGAGCAUUCCUAAUUGCCUAUAUGCCAGAUCCUAAGUUGAAAGAUUGGGCUCAACGUGAAGCAUACUUACAGCUUCGUUACAGAGAAGAGAAUGGUUUACCUUUAAUAGAUCCAAAUGCUGUUGAUCCAUCAAAAUUCACACUUCCAAGUGAGGAAGAACUUGGCGAUAUGGAAAUAAUUAUUUAAACACUGCCAGAAGCAUUGUAUAUAAUAAGAAAAGUAAAUCUUAGCAAUUUUAGAUAGUGCUAUAUAAAUAUUUAUGUAAUAUUUUAAGUUAUAAUGGUAUGUACAGAAAGAAAUAAACAGUUUUCAUUAAAACCA